AUGCCACCAGCACACCUCCAGUCAUAUGCUAAGAGAGCAGAGAGACACUCUAAUCCUGCGGCGAAGGAGCUGUUGGAGACUAUCGAGCGGAAGCGGAGCAAUCUCUGCGUCAGCAUAGAUGUCACGAAGCAGGCUGAUUUCCUCAGGAUCAUUGACAUCGUCGGCCCAUACAUCUGUCUUGUGAAGACGCAUGUUGAUAUCAUCGAGGAUUUCGAGCCGACUGUCAUUGACCGCCUGAAGGAGCUCAGCGAACGGGACGAUUUCCUCAUAUUCGAGGACAGAAAAUUCGCGGACAUCGGUAAUACCGUUGCGUUGCAGUAUUCAAGCGGUGUUUACAAGAUUGCAAGCUGGUCGCACAUCACGAAUGCACACCCCGUUCCAGGACCCUCGGUCAUCGCAGGCCUAUCUUCCGUUGGUCUUCCUCUUGGCAGAGGUUUACUGUUGCUCGCCGAGAUGAGCACCAAAGGAAACUUAGCCACCGGCUCUUACACCGAGCAAGCCGUCCAGAUGGCACGUGCGCAUCGCGACUUCGUGGUAGGAUUCAUCGCUCAGCAUCGCAUGGACGGAGUCGCAGCGAGCGACAAGGGCGUCGCUGAUGACGAGGAUUUUCUUAUACUCACACCCGGUGUCGGUCUUCAUUCUCGCGGAGACAGCAUGGGCCAGCAAUACAGGACACCGCAGGAAGUGGUUCUGGAAUCUGGGUGCGACGUGAUUAUCGUCGGCCGUGGUAUCUACGGUAAAGGAAAUGAAGUUGAUGCAGAGUACGUGCAAGGACAAGCCGAGAUCUACCAGAAGGAAGGAUGGGCGGCUUAUGAAGAGAGAAUUUCUGCAGCCGAGUAA